AUGUCACCAACAACGUCAACCCACCCAGGACGCCAAUCGCCAUCUCCCGACAGCUCUUCGGGCGCUCAGCAAAAGUCACCACCUGGAAGUGGUAAAGGCGUUGACUCUGACACCCAUAACCAGGACGACUGCAAGUCCCAGAUCAAGGGCUUGGAAUCGAACCCCAAAGGCCCUCUCGAGGACCAUCUCAAAGAGGCAUCGAGUAAGACGAUGAAGCCCACUCAGGCUACUAAGUGA